UUUUGAAAUUUAAUUCAGUGCUCACUUUCGCUUGCAACGGUUCGUGAGUUGGUUUUUUGUAAACAUUUCUGGAGAAACAAUCACACUAUUAAAACACACGAUCUUAACAACAACAGCAACAAAAAAUAUAUCUGCCAAAAUCCGUGUAGAGGCUUAAAGCGUGUAUCUGCAAUUCAAAACAAAAUUUACAAAUCUCAAAAAUAAAAAAACAAACAAACCAAUCCCCCCAAAAAACAACCAUUAAAUAAAAAAACAAAACAGCAACCUAUUUAAAUUUUUAAUUAACUUUGCUCAAAUUAAAUAAACAAACAACAAAAAUGAAAUUCUUCAUCAAUGCCGCUGCUGUAUUCUUGUUGGUAGCCUGCGUCUAUGGUGCUGCCACCGACAAAAAAGACACCAAAGAAGAAGCUCCUGCCGAGGGAACCAUCAAAAUCUACAAACGUUUGAUCCCAGCUGAUGUGCUCAGAGAUUUCCCCGGCAUGUGCUUUGCUUCCACCCGCUGUGCUACCGUUGAAGUUGGCAAAUCAUGGGAAUUGACACCAUUCUGUGGUCGCUCAACUUGCGUACAAAAUGAAGAAGAUCCCUCAAAAUUGUUGGAAUUGGUUGAAGACUGUGGUCCAUUGCCAUUGGCCAAUGACAAGUGCAAAUUGGACACUGAAAAGACCAACAAGACAGCUGCCUUCCCCUACUGCUGUCCCGUCUUCACCUGUGAACCUGGUGUAAAAUUGGAAUACCCUGAAGCUGUUAAGGAAACCAAGAAGGAAUAAAUUUAUUUAAAAACAAAAACAACUUUAUUCUAAGCCUAAAACAACACCGCCCAAACAUCUUCUGUAAAUAAACAAUAAAAAACAAACACCCAAAAAAUUCCAAAACAAAAACCCAAAUCUCCACAAUCCUUUACUUGUAGGAAGACACAAAAACCUAUUUUGAUUCUACUUUUAACAAGAAAAAAAAAAUAA